UCUGCGCCCCAGCCGCAUGUGAAAACGCCCCCCUGACACCGACAUCGUCUUAGCAAUUGCAUCUCCAGUACCCGUACUGCCGGUAGUAAUUUCAGCAUGACAUCAAGUUUCCGCGACGAUCAAGGUCAUAUCUUACUUUCACUGUGCAUCUCUGUGAGCAUGGACUGGAGCGCACACCGCGAUAUUUGUUCGCGGAACAGCCCUAUGACCCCACUGCGAAGCAGCCGUGCCUAAGAAUGCUCAUGCGAAAGUAAUGUUCUGGAAUGUGUCGAAAGAUCAGGCGUCCUUCGACAGCCUCAUAGACCAUGUGCGGACCGCGGAAAUCCGCUCCGCAAGGCUGCAACAUAAACAAUCUGCCACCGCUAGAUAUACGUACCUCAGAGCCCCAACACUCAACGUUGUAACAAAAUCCCAAGCACAUGAUCACGGUCCGUUGAAACAACAAUGUCUGUCACUCCUCACUCACCAUUUCUGGCUCUUCCGCGCGAGUUGCGUGACGAGAUCCUUGGCUACCUUAUUCUACCCCAAUACGUUUACACAUCAACCUCGACCAAGGAUACACAGAAUCUGUACAAAUCACGCCAAAGCGCCAUUGACACUUACCUCGAUACGCGUAUCUAUCUGCCUUCUCGUCCGCCUGCGAACAUCUUGGCCACUUGUCGGCAGCUGCGAGAAGAGUGCCUGGAACACCGUCUUGAUCCAACAAUAUCUGUAGCACUCUCAACCCCCGAGAAUCGACCCCUCAGCAACAUCCUAGCUGAACGAUUAGGGACCGAAUUUGCUGAGGAAGCAGAGCGUGCCUGCGAUGAUGGCACCCCGCGAAUCACGCUGGAGAUUCAGAGACAACUACGUGGGGCUCAUGGUUACUAUAUUCCGACACGCGACGAAGUUUCGCCUCGGUUUUUGGCACUACUCCCAAUAAUGGAGAGGAACAAGAAGCUGAGAUUGACCCUGUGGCCCGGUUACGACUGGUGGAACGGUGGCCCACCCGUCUUCAUCGACAAGCGUGGAAAUGCUCGAAUCAACCCUGGUGAGGCAGCGAAGCCUAACGCUGCCUCGGUUGCCAUUAGUCGAAUGCUUCAGCACUUCCCCCAUGUCGAAGAACUCAGUGUAGAUGUGCUUAUGCAGGCAUCUGACGGCGGCAGAUGGGACUUACCGGACAAGAAAUGGGAGAAUAUUCAAUCAUGGCUGGACGCACCGAUCAUGCCUAACACGGAACAGACAGUGAAGAAGGUGACCAGGAAGCUCACUGGUUUCUGGAAAGCAUCAGAUCCAGAGUCCUUUUACGUACAACAGGAAAUCCGUCAAUCGGGCAAUACCUGGAAGGUCGACCGGAAGGGUGAUAUGGGCACUCCCACAAUGAAAUCCUUUUGCGAUACCGGCAAUGAAGGCGACAUGGAAUUCCUUCGAUCGCUCGUAGUAGAGGAGUCUUUCGUCCGUACCGACUAGAGACUGCCCGGCUGACGUCAGGUCGAGAUCCCACGCAUGAGCGCCGGAAAAUUAUUGUGGCCUCAUUUCCUUAGUCCCACCGACGUUUAUAUUGGCUUCAUCAAGCAUCGGCGAAAUGUUUCAGGCGCAUGGCAUGACUUGUGGAGAACCCUGACUUGCCGGGCAGGGAUCCAUCGCCUCGGAACAUAACCGUCGCAACGCAGAAUCGAUGCACAUCACCAACAAGGCCAUAUGUGAAGAUCUCAUAGCUGAUCGGUUUCUGGGGUUCUUCCGCCG